UACCCGGAAGAGAGCGUUAAAGCGUGACCGAACCGAAGCGAUACAAUCGAAAGAACUGAUUCUCUACCGGAAUUAAUAACAUUAAAUGAUUAACUACCAACUCACUUCUCCUGCACCUUUCGAUUAUUUUAAUGAAAUAAUUCAAUUCUUCAUUUUAUCGUUUUACCCCAAAUCGAAUUGAAAUUGAAUUAAUCUCCAUUCACUAACGCGAUGAAUGAAACGAUCUUUUUCUGUAGUUCAACUGUGCAGCAGCAUCGAUGACGCUUUACUGAAACAUUGUCAUUAGUACCAUGCUGUUACUACUACACAUGGAGCACGCUUAUCGGCCGAGUUAUCUAGUUACACACCCAACAGAUAAAGACGACGCUCUUGCUCUUGCUGAUAGAUAAUGCUCAGUCUUUGAUUAAGAACCGUAGUGUACGGAUUCACCUGUGCAGGCCACAGCGCGGGAAACUGAAUUGAUUUUAGUGUUGGGUUCAGUGUCAUUAUCAAACCAUUUUGUCAACCUUUUUAAACUGUAUGCUUUAGUCAUUCAUGGCACCGCUUUAAAAGGCAUUCCACUCUAGGCCCCAGACUGACUCAGCCAGAAACGCACUGGCAAAAGAAAUCAUCGAUUGGAUUUGGAGGCCAAAAUGGUUGACCUUUCCCGUUUCUUUUCUCAUCUGCACCUGCUGGGUGCGAUGGUCUGUGCGUUGGUAGUGAUAGCGACUAGCGGUGCGUACAACAUACCGGGCGAGCUGGUACACUGUUAUCGCGGAAACGCAACAUUACCAGGGCCACCACACACCGUACAGUUGUUGCUGGAGCUGAUACGCAAAAUCGAGCGUCACAAUCCGACCACGCUUGAGAUGCGUUUACUCAGUGCGGAGCUCGUGCACCGAUUACGUGUCGAUGGCAUUGAGAACGUUCCUGGAGUCGCAGAGUCCGAAUGGGUCACACCAUACAGUCCCCGGGGGAUCAUGGUUCCGAAGUACACGCUACUUCGUCAACUGGUCUCAAACGUACCGGGACGAAUCGAUUUCGAAACCUUCCUUACCCCGUCCGAGAUUUGCCAUUUGCAUCGAAUGUUGAGUAGCUCGGUGGAACCGUUGCAGCGUGACGACGAACGUCUUAGCUGCCCUCAGACGCUGAUGAGUGCCGAUGGUAAUCCGCAGGCUCCUUGGAUAACCCAGAAUAAAGCACAGAAAUCCGACUCAAACCGGACCACCUUCGCCAGACCGAUCUCACGAUGUCCGCUGGAACUGGGAACAUGCCGUACCCACGACUUCGGCACGAUCGCUCCCGGUAUCGUGAUCAUGUCGAUCGCAGCCGGAUUGCAGCCACAGAACGUUCUCAUCAGCGAGUUUGUGACGGCCUAUGGGAAGCGCAAUCCGUACGAGAACCUCGAGACGAUGGAAACGGCCGAUACGCGGAAGCAAAUUGAGAAGCUAUUCGCUUCCCUGGAAUCCAUCGACAACAUGUAUGCGGCCGGCCUGGUCGGUGAUCUGGCCGAGGUAGCCUUCUAUCAGGGUCCAACGCUCGUGACCAACGUGAGUGUGGGAUUGGCCGGUGCAUGGAACGAUACGUUGUUACCGCGGGCUCACUACCUGGCCGAGAAUCACGCUGGCCGGUGGGAGAUGACCGAUAGCGAAAUCCUCGCCGGUAUAGACGGACACUACCUCGCUCAGAAUGUACCUCAGUUUGUGAAGCGUUUGCGACGACUCCGGCUGUCGCAGGUACUUGAGAUGUAUUACAGCGAUCGAGGGAUUCCGGUUGCGUCGAUCGAGCAAGUUGCUCGUCGCAGACGUCCAUCGAAGCGGCCUAGUCGUCAUGCCGAGCUGCGGGAUACGGAUGAAUGGUUCACGCGUGGUUCCCGGUUUCGCAGUGUGUUCGACGAGGAACGGGAAGCCCAACAUGGCACGGAACUACAACCACCGGAAAUUACGCGUGCCUGCCAGCGCAGAGAGAUUCUACGGUCGAUCGAACCGGACAAGCUGAAGCAAGAAACGUUCAAAUUUGUCGAACUGUUGCAGUACACGGCUGGCAGUGUGAUCGUGUCGGAUCAGUUGAUGCAGCGGAUCUGUGAUGCCACAGUGGAUAGGUUCUUUGAGCAAGCUAAUCUUCUGCUGGACACCUCCGUCUCCAGCUGUCCGAUAAAUGAGAGAUCGCUAGGGAAGCAGCUGACGAGGAGAACGAACGUGGAUCUAACCGUGGUGAUCGAUGGUUCACGGAAUGAGUAUCAGAACCUACAGCUUAUUUCAUAUCUGGUGGAAUUGAUCGAAGUGUCCCAUUACGGGUCGUACAUCUCCGUUGUACACGGUGCCACCGGGCAAUACAUGGUUAACCGGACCAAUAGCAUUUCUCAUGCCUUUGAACAGCUCGAUCGGUUUCAAGGAUCUUUUCCUCGUCAGCUAUCGCUUUCCAACAGCUUCGCAGCGAUCGUGGAAACGUUGUCCCGACAAAUGGACCAGGAACGUGCGAGCUUUACGGUGGGAACUAACGCCCCAGUGAUAUUGGUAUUUGCCCAAUCGCACCGAAUAGUCAAUGCCGAUUUUGAGAGUGCUCGUCGUAUGCUGCGAGGAUCGUUUGAACAGUUUCCCGAUCUUUACUUUACAUUCGUGACCAAUGAUCCAAACACGUUUAGACAGUUGGUCAACUUCAACGAUACACCGCACAGUCGGGCGAAGGACGAACACUACAAUAUCGUAGAAUCAUCGAUCACGUCAAUCGACAGCUUCUCUAGAUCGAUCAGUGAGGUCCUUAACAAUGUCCCGCAGCGACUAGUAGCCCCGGACUGCCACUCAUCCACUAACCGUAACCUUUGGCGGGAUACAUUGGUGCGCGAGGAACUGGAGCAGUAUUUAACACCCGGAGAAGAGCUACGCUAUCGUUUGGCACAUUCGUUUCUACGACACGGUGGAGACGUACGAGUACAGUUUAUGAAUACGGACUAUGGCGAGUUCACCGUAUGUGAAGGGCGUGAUUGGCGGGUGUCUCCUACCAAUUGCCAAAGCACGGGUCCGGGUCAGGAAAGUCUGUGGUUUAACUACACGCGGCCUUGCGGUGGGCUUGGUGAAACGGAGUGCCGUUCCAUCUAUUUCAGCGUGCGCAUGGAUAGUUCGUAUAUGAUGUGCAACGAGAACGAUUGCCGGUUCCCGGAUCAAGUCCGAUUUGUGGUACGCCACGAAGGGCUAAGAUGCCGAGGGGAUGGCAGUGGAAAGGCUACAUCAUUAAGCUUCCGCUUGUUGAACCUGCUAUUAGCGAUAGCCAUUACAUUCAGUUUAAGGUGUAACGUUUAAUCAGACAAGUACAAUUUUGAAUGUUUGACUAUUUAAGUUGCAGAUUUGAAUGAACAUUCAAUGUUUUAACCAUUUCCAUGAUUUGUAGACAGUAAAAUAUGUAAACACGUUACUUUAUUAAACACAUAUUUCGUUUUAGAACAAUAAUGUCUACCUCAUUUUUAUCUACCGUUUUUUAAGUAUUUGUGAUAAUAAAAG